AUGCCGCGCCGCAGCUACACCCCCGAAGAAUCCACCGCGCAACUACCGUCACACCGCGAUUCAAACCCCCACGAAUCACGCACCCACAAGAAACACCACCGCUCGCACCGCUCGCGCUCCCCCCGUCGCGACGAUGACACGCACCGACACAAGCGGCACCGCUCGCGCUCACCCGCCGCACCCCGACCCAUAGACCUACCCUACAAAGCAAAGCCUUUAUCAAAGCGCCACUACGACGACUACAAACCGCUCUUCCAAUCCUACCUCGACAUCCAGAAGUCCAUCCAACUCGACAGCCUAGACGAGCGGGAAACAAAAGGCCGAUGGAAGAGCUUCGUUAGUCGCUGGAACAGGGGGGAGCUAGCAAGGAGUUGGUACGAUCCGUCCAUGUUGAAGACGGCGAAGGAGACGGUGCAGACGUAUCGUGCGACUUCGCCUAUAGCGCCUAGGAAAAGAGCGUCGCCUAGCUAUGCACAGAGGGAUGGGGAAGAAGGUUCAGAUGCAAGCGACGACGACUUCGGUCCCGCACCGCCUACGCACCUCCCCCGACAUACCGGCCACGGUCCCACAAUCCCCAACAUGGACGACCUAACCCUCCGCAACGAACUCGUCUCCGAAGACCGCGCGCAUGGCCAAUCAAACUACAUCGACGACAUCCGACACGCCCGCAAAACGGAUCGGAAAUCGCAGAAAGAGGCUCUAGACGACCUCGUCCCCCGCGCGGACCCCAACUCCCGUGAACGCCAACUAGAGAAGAAACGCGAAACGACAUCCACUCUAAACUCCUUCCGCGACGCCAAAGAAGCAGGGGAGGUAGAUGUGCCGGAGUCAGACUUGAUGGGCGACGACGGCAUAGACGUGUACAAGAAGAAGAAGAAAGAGCAAGAACGGCAGAAGAAUGAGAGGGAGAUACGGAGGGAGGAGAUUGCGCGGGCGAGGGAGGCGGAGAGGAAUGAGAGGCUGGCGGAACGGAGGGAGAAGGAGGCGGGGACUAUGGAGUUUCUGAAGAGGAUUGCCGCAGAGAGAUUUGGGUAG